AUGCUGCACCUCACCCUGCUCCUCCAGCUCCUGCUCCUCUCACCCUCUGUUGCAGAUGCAUCGAUGCAUGAGGAGGCAUCUGACUUUUAUGGAGACGAAGCCACAGGUUACGGGCCAGUGUUUGAGGAGCAGCCGGUGGAUACCAUCUACCCCGAGGAGUCGCCCGAGGCCAAAAUCACCAUGAACUGCCGGGCCAGAGCCAAUCCACCUGCCACAUACAAGUGGCUGCUGGACAGCAAGGAAAUGGACUUGAACGAAGAAAACAGCCACUACAAUUUAGUGGGAGGCAACCUGGUCAUCAGCACCCCCAUUAAAAACAAGCAUACAGGAAUAUACACCUGUUUGGCCACCAACAUGUACGGCACGAUCAUCAGCCGAGAGGCCUCUGUCCAGUUCGGGUAUCUUGAUCUUUUCUCAUCUGAGGAACGGGAGUCGGUGUAUGUCAAAGAGGGACAGGGGGCAGUGCUGCUGUGUGCCCCCCCACCACAUUAUCCAGAGGAGCUCUCAUUCAGAUGGAUCCUCAAUGAAUUCCCCACCUUCAUCCCACUGGACAAGAGGCGUUUUGUCUCCCAAAGCACGGGCAAUCUCUAUAUCUCCAAAGUGGACUCCUCAGACAGCGGCAACUACUCCUGCAUUGCAUCCAGCCCCUCAAUUUCCAAGAGCGUCUUCUCCAACUACAUUCCUUUAGUGCCUCUGGCUGAACGACCCAGCAGGAAAUACCCCGCUGACCUCAAAGUCAAGUUCCCAGAUACCAUUGCUCUGGUGGGGCAGAAUAUCACCUUGGAAUGCUUUGCUUUGGGGAACCCUGUCCCUGAGAUCCGCUGGAAGAAGUUAGAUGGAGAGCUGUCACCUAAUCAUGAGGUACGAAUGGCAGGGUCUUAUCUGCACUUGUACAAUGUGCAGAUUGAGGACGCUGGCACAUACAAGUGUGAGGCCUUGAACUCUAAAGGAAAGGACUACCACACUGCACGUUUGUCUGUAGAAGCUUUUCCUGAGUGGGUGGAGCACAUCAGCAGCACAGAGAAAGACCUAAGUAGCGACUACACCAUGUCUUGCAUAGCCAGUGGCAAACCUAAACCAAGUAUCCACUGGCUAAAAAAUGGAGAACUGCUUGACAAGAAGGAGAUGAGUUUCAAAAGCUUGACGUUUGACGAUUCAGGGAUGUACCAGUGCAUAGCAAAAAAUCCCCAUGGAGUCAUCUAUGCCAGUGCAGAGCUGCGUGUGUUUGCCUGUGCUCCAACGUUUGAACACAACCCAGUGAAACAAGUCCUGGCAGCUAAAAACGGCCGGGUGGUGAUCCAAUGUCGACCCAAAGCAGCCCCAAAGCCCACCUUCUCCUGGAGCAAAGACACUGAAUUACUUUUGAACUCUACCAGAGUGUUAAUCUGGGAGGAUGGGAGCCUGGAGAUCCUCAACGUGACGCGGGCAGAUGAAGGCAGGUACACCUGCUUUGCAGAAAAUGACCGGGGCAAAGCCAACAGCACGGGAUCUCUGUUGGUUACAGAGUCCACAAAGAUCUUCUUGGCCCCGUCUAAUGCUGACGUUAAAGUGGAUGAAGACGCCAGGAUGCAGUGUGCCGCGUCACAUGACCCUUCUCUGGACAUCACCUUCAUCUGGUCCCUGGAUGGCCGGGUUAUUGACCUACACAAGGACAGCCAACAUUAUGAACGCCCCUCGAAUGGAAGCUCAAAUGGUGAGCUGUUGAUUAAAAACGCCCAACUGAAGCAUGCUGGACGCUACACCUGCACCGCUCAGACCCCUGUUGACAACGUUACCGUCUCGGCCCACUUGGUCGUCAGGGGUCCCCCUGGUGCCCCAGGUGGAGUGCAAGUGAUUGACAAAAAUGACAAGAGUGUAACGUUGCAGUGGAGCCGUGGAGCAGACAACCACAGCCCCAUCUCCAAAUAUACCAUCCAGUACAGGGACUCCUACUCAGAAGAUGUCUGGAAGGAUGCCACUACAUCUCCUGCAAAUGUAGAGGGAAACGCAGAGACAGCCACAGUGGUGGAUUUGUUCCCCUGGACUGAGUAUGAGUUCAGAGUUAUUGCCACCAACACACUGGGCACAGGAGAGCCAAGCAGCCCGUCACAUAAAGAGAAAACCCUGGAAGCAGGUCCUUUGGUGGCGCCUUCUGACGUCAGUGGGGGUGGAGGGACAAGCAGGGAGCUGAUCAUCACGUGGACGCCUGUACAGCAAAGGUACUACUACGGCUCUAAUUUUGGCUACAUUGUGGCCUUCAAACCGAAAGAUGGAAACCAGUGGAGGAAAGUUACAGUAGCCGACCCCCAGGCGAGGCGCUAUGUCCACAAAGACUCCUCCAUCCCUCCUUCGACAGAGUUCCAAGUCAAAGUCAAAGCAUUCAACAGCAAAGGAGAGGGACCCUAUAGCCUAAUGGCCGUCAUUUAUUCUGCGCAGGACGCUCCGUCUGAUGCUCCUGCCAGUGUUGAGGGAAGAGCUCUCUCUGCCACAGAAGCCAUCGUGUGGUGGCUGCCUCUCUCACAAAGCAAUAUCGAUAGAUACCAGGUGAAGUACUGGAGGAAUCAAGAAGACAGUGAGGGGGGAGCCAUGAGAGUGGUGGUGCCUGGCACGGAGAACCAAACCAGACUAGAGGGUAUGAAACCCAACUCCGACUACCUUAUUGAGGUUCGGGGUUUCAACUCUGCAGGAUACGGGCCACCCAGCAAGCACCUCCAGAUCCACACCAAGAAAGCCCCUCCAAGUCGAGCCCCCAAAAUAAUAGGUAAAAAGUUAAAGGGCCAAUCAGUAAAUAUUGCAUGGGAACAUGUGGAACCACUGGCUAACGAGGCAUCAGUAGACGGUUACAAAGUGCUCUACAGACAGGAGGGCCACUCCACAGGCACUCUGUACACAACCAGUAGGCGGUACAUUGACCUUCCCCUGCUCACAAAUGGGAACUAUGUGGUGGAGGUGCGGGCACACACAGAGGGAGGAGACGGGGCUGUGUCACAAAUCAGCAUCACCGGUGGAAGUGUCAUGGCGGCCCAGUCUCUCAGUAUACUCUCUCUGCUCCUGGUGGCUCUCUUCUGCCUGAACCUCUGAAUGUAGC